AUGGGAAGGAAGAAGAUUGAAAUCAGACCGUUGACCGAUGAACGGAAUAGGAACGUUACUUUUCUCAAGCGCAAAGCAGGUCUGAUGAAGAAAGCUUGGGAAUUAUCUGUCUUAUGUGCCGCAGAUGUCAAUAUCAUCAUAUUCUCCGCGGUUGGUAAAGCAUAUGAAUUCUCAAGUAAAGAGUUGGAUCAAGAGCUUGAUAGGUACAUGGAUUACGAAGGAAUGAUCGAGCGUCGUAGAGCACCUGAAUUCGCUGCUAUGGCACUAGCGGAUGAAGAUGAAGAAGAUGAAUAUGAUGAUGAUGAAAAUACGAAAAGAAGAGGUUCGACCUCAAAGGCGGGUGCAAACAACAACAAUAACAUAAAUGGUGUAAAUGGGACUACAGCACAACCUAGAAGUUUGAAAGGAAAAGAGAGCUUUAAAUCACGCACACCACGCUAUUCACAAACAACAACAACAGAUAAAGAUAGAAAUAAAAAUAAACGUUCGGGCAGUAGUGGUAAAUCGAAAAGAAGAAAAGAGAGAAGAAGUGAAAGAAGUGAGAGUGAAAAAAGAAGUUUUAUAGAUUCAAUUCUAAGUGGUAGUGAUGAUGAUGAUGAGAAUAAUAAUAAUCAUAACAAUUCAUCUGAUUAUUCAACUGAAAAUGACGAUACCAACAAAAAGAAGAAAAGAUCAAAAGAUAAACAUCAUCAUAGGGAUAGAGAAAGAAGGGAAGAUGAAAGGUAUUAUAAUUCUGACAAAAACGUCGCAGGAUUACAUUAUGCGAUGAACUUGCAUACUGGAUAUCCAAAUCCAAACAACCCAUCUUCAUCAGCAGAUCCUAGAUAUCUCUCCAAUCUAUCGAUACCAUCUUCGUCAUCAAGAGAUAGGGAUAUAUACGAUAGAGAAAUUAGGUCGAAUAAUAUCAUUAAUAAUAAUAAUUCCGCUAUUCCAAUUGAUAUUCCUCAGUUACCGAAAUUACCUUCAGAUGGCGCUUCAUAUAGAUCACAAAUGACUUCAGGUUUGAAUAACUCGUAUGGACCAAAUCAAAGUCAAAGUCAAAGUCAUAGUCAUAGUCAAGGUCUCGGUCCCGGUCCCGGUUCCGGUCCAUCAAAUUAUGAAUCCAAUUCAACACCUUUCAUAUAUAGUAAUCAUCCUCAAUCAUAUCUACAACAUCAACAAACACAUCUAGGUUCAGCUGAAAUACCAGGUCCAGGUCAUCCAUAUGGUGUUUCAGAACAAUCAUAUAGAAGUACUUUACAACAGAGUCCGUUGGGACAUUUACCGAUGCAAUCGUCACAGUCUACUUUAGCUCUAGGACCAAGUGGAUCAAGUAUUAUACCACCUGGAGUGGGUGGUAUACAAUGGGAUCAAUCGUUAGUAACUAGGUAUGCAGAAUUUCAAUUACAGCAAAAUCAUCAAAGACAACAAAGGUUAUUGUUGGAAAGACAAAGACAUCAAUUGCAACAAAUGGGUGUACCAGUCGAUGAAAGAAGUUUAUUAGAUGAAAUUUUCGGUGGAAUGAUGUCAAACAAUAACAAUCAUCAUAGCAACAGUCACAAUCAAAAUCACAAUUCUGCGGCAACGCCAAUACCGAUCAAUUCAGCUUCAGCAACUGAAAUGAUCUUACCUUUAAAUGAUGAUACACCUAAUGGUGGUGGAGCAGGUGAUUUCGUUUGGCCUCUAUCGAGUUCCAAUGAUAACGGUGGAAGAGAAGAUGAAUCUCAAUCUCAACAUACGUAUAAUGGAAAUGGAAAUGGAUUACCACAACAACCGAGUGGUGGAAAUAUCAGAAUACCAGAUGAUACAGUUCAGUGGGGCGUUCAAGAUGGAUACGAAGUUGAUAGAGAUGGUUUGAAUUUACCUAGUCCAGUCUCAAAUGAUAAUGGUCCUUCGGAUAAUAAGAGGAAAUCAAGAAGAGAUGAAGAUGAAAUAAACAAAAGAAUGAGGUUAUAA